UGUAUUCCAUUGUGUUGGUUAUGGGAUCUACGUAGCUAACCUCUAUCUCGUUUUAACCCGUUCUAACCUUUCAGAAAGUGUUAGAACAGUGGAUAGUGAAAGGACAAGCUUCGUCGAAUCGUGAACGGGGACGGCGGCGCAAAGCAACGAACUAUCCGCAGGAUUUGCUCUGAUUUAAUGCGCUCGUUCGACGUCCUGCAUGCUGACGGAACUAUUUGGUAUAGAAUGUCGAGCACGGUCUGGACGUGGGGCUUCCUGGUGCUGGCCGCCGGCCUUGCCUCCGCCCUCGAGAAUGGACUGGCCAAGACACCUCCCAUGGGAUGGCUUGCUUGGGAGCGCUUCAGAUGCAAUACCGACUGCAAGAACGACCCUGACAACUGCAUCAGCGACCGACUCUUCCGGACGAUGGCGGACAUCGUCGUCGCGGAGGGUUACGCGGACGUCGGGUACGAGUACAUUAACGUGGACGAUUGCUGGCUGGAGAAGGACCGAAGCUUCGACGGGAAACUCGUGCCGGACAGACAGCGAUUUCCAUACGGCAUAAAAAGCCUGGCCAAUUACGUCCAUUCGAAGGGUCUGAAAUUCGGCAUCUACGAGGACUUUGGCAACUACACGUGCGCAGGAUAUCCGGGGGUCCUGGGAUAUUUGCAGACCGACGCUUUGACUUUCGCCUCCUGGGACGUCGACUACGUCAAGCUCGACGGAUGUUAUUCACACCCCACGGAAAUGGACAGAGGGUAUCCGGAAUUCGGCUUCCACCUAAAUCAAACCGGCAGACCCAUGAUAUAUUCUUGCAGUUGGCCGGUCUAUCAGAUUUACGCUGGGAUGCAGCCGAACUUCACGGCGAUAAUCGAGCACUGCAACCUUUGGAGGAACUUCGACGACAUCCAAGACUCCUGGAGCAGCUUGGAGAGCAUCAUCGAUUACUACGGGCACAAUCAGGACGCGAUUGUCCCUAACGCCGGUCCGGGACACUGGAACGACCCGGACAUGUUGAUCAUCGGUAACUUUGGUUUAAGCUACGAACAGAGCAAGACGCAAAUGGCCCUGUGGGCUAUCCUGGCCGCGCCUCUCCUGAUGUCCGUCGAUCUCCGCACGAUCAGGCCCGAGUACAAAGCCAUUCUGCAGAACAAGAAGAUAAUUGCUGUGGACCAAGAUCCUCUUGGUAUCCAGGGCAGACGGAUCUAUAAGCACAAAGGGAUCGAAAUAUGGGCACGACCUAUAACACCGGUGUACCAGAACUACUACUCGUACGCGAUUGCGUUCGUUAACAGGAGAACGGACGGUACUCCUUCGGACGUCUCGGUGACGCUUAAGGAGCUGGGUCUGCAGUACCCCUGCGGCUACCGAGUAGAAGACUUGUACGAGGAGGUCGACUACGGCAUCCUGACGCCGCAAACGAAGAUCAAAGUCAAGGUUAACCCCUCGGGGGUGGUGAUCUUGAGGUGCGACCUCCAGCUGGACGAUCUCUUCUCGAAUCAGUGUGCUCCAUUUUCCGCGAUUAAUCAGGUGUUCAAAGUUAGGCAGAACACGUUUAAGUAGGAACCAAGUGAGUGACUAGAGAUAGAUAGAUUUAAUAUUUUUUCUUUUUUUUUUUUUUAAUUUUCUAUAAUUGUAAUACAUACGUACCAACGUUACCAUAAAUUCGCUAAGGCUGUAAAGAAAUAAAUCGUACCGUUUUACGAUAAGCGGCGGAAGAGAAGGAAGAAAAUGAAAAUAAAAUAAAAUAAAGCCUGCGGAACCUGGAACGGUUCCAAUCGGGCAGUCCAGAGAAA